CGAACAAGUUAGAACUUUUAACACAAAAAAAGAAAUAAGAAUAAGAGGAAGAAGAAGAAGAAGAACAUGAAACUUAUUUGGUCACCGGAAACAGCAUCAAAGGCUUACGUCGACACUGUUAAAACGUGCGAAAAACUCGAAACUCCAGGAGCGGCGGAGGUAGGAGCAGCGGAGCUAGUAGCGGCUAUGGCGGCAGGAUGGAACGCGACUCUGAUCGUGGAAACAUGGUCAGAAGGAGAAAACAUAGCCAUAAGCGGUGGCUUAAACGUAGCAAGUCAACACACAAACGCAAGACACAUUUGUAUUGUACCAAACGCGAGAUCAGAAGCCGCUUAUCUUCAAGCCAUGACAAAACAGUCUUGCUCCACCUUGCCGGAGACUGUCAUUAUGAACGAGGAAGAAGAAACCUCAGAGAAGACGAUGCAGAAGCUACAAGGAAUCGAUUUCUUGGUGAUUGAUUGGGAUCAAAAGGACUUUGCAGCAAAUGUUUUGAGAAACGCUGCGUUUGGUAGCAGAGGAGCUGUUGUGGUUUGCAGAAGCGGUUACCGGAGAAGCACGUCAUGUUUCAGUUGGACAAAAACGUUUAGUGACCGGGAAGUUGUGAGAACGGUGACUCUUCCGGUUUCAGGUGGUCUAGAAAUAGCUCAUGUGGCUGCAGCAAGAAGCUCUGGGAAGAGUGAUAACAACAACAACAAGAGAAAAUGGAUCAAACAUAUUGAUCAAAGAUCAGGAGAAGAACAUGUUAUUAGAAAGUAAAAAAUAUUUUGAUAAAAAAAAGUAAAAAUAUAUAUAAAAAAAAACUUUAGAGAAGUGUGAAAUGAUAUCUUUUGAUAUUUGUAUGAGAGUGAUUUGUACAUAAAGCAAUUGUUAUCGGAAGAUUUGAUUGUUUGUGUUACAUUAAAGUUUAUGAAAUGACCUUACUCAUC